AAAGGUUUUUAUUCCGGCUUAGCAGUACACAGCGUGCCGUUAACGAUAAAUCUCUUAAGUAAUUCGUUAAUCAAAGCUUUCGCUGGCGAUAAAUAUUCGAUCAUUGUGUCUAGGCAACUAUUACCGGAUAUAUUGUCUAUCCUAAUAAUUCCUCCGGAUCACUCAUUUCCGAUCGCUUUCUUAUUCUGUUCAUUCCUCUUUUCCAUUGUGUCACUUUUUGUAGUGCACCCUUUACAAGAAACAGAGACAAAAGUUAAACAACUCCAGCGCAUGACCGGUGUCACAUCGGUAUUAUAUUGGGGUACAACUGUCUCU